AUGAAGAACUUCGUUAUAAAUGUAUUAAGUGGUGCUGUUACUGGUAUAUUACCAUUCUGUUUUAUUUAUCCACAUGAUAGUAUACGCGUACGUUUAGCUAAUGAUAUAAGAAGUGUAAAGAGAGGUGGUGGUGAACGUAAAUAUAAUGGGCUUAUUGAUGCUUAUAGGAAGACAUUGGCUGCUGAUGGUAUUGUUGGUCUUUACUGUGGUUUCAUCACACCAUGCGUGUGUGCAGGUGUUUAUUAUGGAUGUUAUUUUGGUUUUUAUAAUGGAUUGAAGCCAAUUUUAAUUGGUACUGAUGCUGGCAUUCUGACUUCAUUUUUACUUGCAUUUGGUGUAACCAUUACAUCAGGUAUUGUCUCAAAUCCUAUUGCUACUGUUCGACGACGUAUGAUGAUGACAUCAGGUCAAGCUGUUAGAUAUAAAGGAUCAUUAGAUUGUACGGUCCAAAUUUUGCGUCAUGAAGGUAUUAUGGCAUUUUUCAAAGGAGCUGGUGUUUGGAUUAUUUAUGGUAUCGCUGCAGCUGGUGUCUUAGAUGGUUUCGAUAAACUCGUAGAACUCUAUACUGGCAUUAAAGUUAAUACUGGUGCUCACGAUUAG